AUGCGGGGGGCGUUCCUGUUCGGCAUUGGAGCCUCCCUGCUGUCUCUCGGGGCUGCUACAGUUACAACUCGGGAUAUAACGACCUACAAGACUGGCCCUUGGCAGUCUCUUCAACUGUCAAUUACCAAGACUGAUGGUGUUGAUCCGGGGCUCAUUUUCAUUCCUGUUCGCAGCGACAGCUCCACCGAAGCCGACGGCACAGCAGUAACAAUCUAUGAUAACGAUGGCAAUCUGAUUUACCAGGGGCCUCAACAGCCCACUAUGGAUUUCAAAGUACAGAAGCUGUUCGGUGAGGAUGUGAUCAUUUUUUGGUCUGGAGAGGUCCAGGCUGCUGGUGGCUAUGGUUACGGCACGGUCCAUAUUCUCGAUAACACCUACAAAGAGAUUUAUACUAUCACUCUCAACAAUAACUUGAACUUCGUCACUUCCGACGGCAAGGAAAAGGACUCCUAUAUCGAUGUCCAUGAACACUAUAUUACCUCUCAAAAUACAAUCAUCGUUUCUGCUAUCAACGUUACUCAGCACGACUUUACUUAUGCGGGUGGAGAGAUCGACCAGUGGAUGAUUGACUGCCAAUUCUAUGAAAUUGAUAUUGCUACCAACAAGAUUCUGUUCUCCUGGAGUGCCCUUGAUCACGAAGACCAGAUUUCUUUAUCGCGAUCUAGAAAACCAAUUCAAAGUAUCGUGGCUCGCGAAACACCCUGGGACCCCUAUCAUAUGAACUCUGUAACGUCUACGAAUGGUGGCUAUCUGGUUUCUCUUCGUUUCUAUUGGUCUGCUUUCUACCUGAACAAAGAUGGCACUAUCCGUUGGGAGCUCUCGGGUGGUAAUGACGGCACUGGCGACUUCUAUGGCGAAGAUUUAAGUUUCUCGUGGCAACACCAUAUCCGUGUACACGAUGAGACUGACCAGAGUUUGGUUCUUAGCUUGUUUAACAAUGCUAACACCCUUACUCAGGUCGAUAGUGAAACUACCGGUAUGGUUUUUAAGGUCAAUCUAAUCACUUAUCAGGCCUUUCUUAUGUUCAAUUUGACGGACCCUACCGAUCCAGUCUACAGCAAAACCCAAGGUAGCUUCCAGAUCAUGGGUAAAACUGGCUCCAACAUGUUUAUAGGCUACGGUUCUUCUAGCAUUAUCAAGGAAUAUAACGCUAAGGGUGCUGUUUUACUCUCCGGUCAAUUUGGGGAACCUGAUGACACUGAGUCUUACCGUGCCUUUAAGUUCCCCUGGACUGCUACUCCCUUCUGGGACCCGGCUGUCUAUGUUGACACGUCCUUGGAUACCCCUGUUGUGUACAUGAGCUGGAACGGCGCUACCGACUACGACAACUGGGCUAUCUAUUCGACACCAUCUCCCACUGACAGCUACCAGGUAUUGCUGGGAAGCUACUCGCGUACCGGCUUUGAGACCUAUGUCAGCCUUGAUAGUGUAACUGCGAAGUAUAUCAAAGUCGUCGCUCGUAAGGGAACCACUGUGCUUAGAGCUGCUGCGGCUGUGGAGAUCUGA